AUGAAGGUCUUCACCGUUCUUGCUUUCCUGGGAGCUGCUGUGGCUUUCCCUGCUAAUGGUGAUGAUGAUGAUAAAAUCAUUGGAGGCUACAACUGUCCGAAGAAUUCCAUUCCUUACCAGGUGUCCUUGAAUGAUAACACUGGACAUCAGUGUGGUGGCUCUCUCAUCAGUGACCAGUGGGUAUUGUCUGCAGCUCACUGCUACAAAGGAAAACUUCAGGUUCGCCUGGGAGAACACAAUAUUAAGGUACUUGAGGGUGGUGAGCAAUUCAUUGAUGCAGGAAAGAUAAUUCGCCAUCCCAAGUACAAUGAAGACACUGCAGACAAUGACAUCAUGCUUAUUAAACUGAAAUCACCUGCCCUAAGCUAUCAAGUGUCCACAAUCUCUCUGCCAAGAUCCUGCCCAGCUUCUGGUACUCAGUGCCUUGUAUCUGGCUGGGGAAAUACUGUGAACCUUGGAGGCAAAUACCCAGCAAUCCUUCAGUGCCUCGAUGCUCCCGUCCUCUCUGACAGUUCUUGCAAAAGGUCCUACCCAGGCGUGAUCACCAGCAACAUGUUCUGCCUGGGCUUCCUGGAGGGUGGAAAGGACUCCUGUGAUGGUGACUCUGGUGGCCCUGUGGCCUGCAAUGGAGAGCUCCAGGGCAUUGUCUCCUGGGGUUAUGGUUGUGCGCUGAGAGGCAAGCCUGGGGUCUACACCAAGGUCUGUAACUACCUGGGCUGGAUUCGGGAGACCAUGGCUGCCAACUGA